CCUAUUUCAAAUUUAUGUGUAAUAAAAAGAUGUUAGAUUGAAAUUAAAUGUUUUAAUGUGUGAUGCUGUAUUAUAACAUACCAUACGAAUUGCGUCUGGUAUCCCGUAACGAAGGAAAAAUAAAAUCAUAUGAGUCGUGUGCGGACGUCAGAGCUUGGAACCACGAUGGGGCAGUACGAGGCGGGCACCUCAGGGCGUGGGUCAAGAGUGAUAUGCCCUGUUAUGUGAUACCCGUUACAACGCUACUUGCGACUUUAAGGGUCAUGGGUUGCAGGAGCCGUGGCCGCCUCACACCAAGAUGCCAACCAAAUUGCAAGUCCAAAGUAGUACUGGAAAGUAUAUGUAAUUCUUGUCAGACUAUUAAAGAAUGCUUUCAGAAUAAUCCGACGUAUGAAAAGUAUUUCGAUGAAGAAGAAUUCGAAACAAGUAGUUGGCCUUGUGAGCGAUGUCUUGAUGCUUUGAAAGGUAUCAAAAUGUUGUGGAAGAUAAUAGUGGAAAAAAUAUUCCGAAUUAAUAUUCCAAAAAAGGAGGAAACUCCCCUUGAUGACCGUUCAUACACUGUUUUAACUACGAUUAAAUCUUGGAAAAAUGAGAUCUUCCAUGAAGCUUCAUAUGUUAAAAAUAUAUCUGUACUUGAACAGAAUCAAGAUAUAGACGUGACAACUAGUUCACAUCAAUUUAAACCUGAAGUACCGAUAGCAUCUCCUAUCUGUCCUAACAUAUCAGGCGAUGUUGGAGCAACUGAUGCGAUAUGUGACAAAAAAAAUAGUUCUGUAAUAAGAACUGAAAGUUACGUUGUGACCUGCAAGAGACGUAAAGUAAGUAGAAGUAUAUCAGUUAACAUAAAGAAAGCUGAUGUCUGUUGCGAAACUUCUACCUUAGAAGAAAGGGGCAAUGAAAUAUGUAAAAAUGAUUUAAAUAAUUUGCAACAAAACUUAAACGAACUAAUGGUGGAUAUAGAAAGAUUGAAAAAGGAGAACAUGUCAUUGAAGGUGCAGUUACAGGAUGUUUAUAAAAAAAGCGCUUUGAAGUCUCGUUUGGCACGUUUGGCACCGCUGCCAUCGAACGAUGCUUUAGCCUAUCUUCCUAACCCAUUCGAAGAAGAAGAGACAACUAACUUCGUUGAUGAUGUUGAUUCUGAGAUGGUUAUAACUAUGAAGAACUGCAAAAAAUUGGGCUAUAAGCAAGUGUCACUUUUACAAGUUUUGCAUAAAUCAAGCCAACCAUUUUUCAAAACAAACAGUAAAACUGACUCAAGUUGCAGAAAAGAAGAUCCCAUCCACGUCUUGGAAAAACUUCAAACUACUUUUGGGGUUAUAAUGCAGCGAGAAGUUGGUCUUGUGAGUAAUAAUAAGAAGUGCAGUGAAAAAACCCCAUCGGAAAUAGACGCGUCGUAUCAUAGUUAUAAUAUAAAGCUCAACCAGUCACCUUCUAAACUCCGUACUGAAGCAAAAUUGUUGUCCCUCAAAAAAUGUGUAAGUUAG